AUGGCACAGGAUGAUGAACUUAUUCCUUUCUGCAACCCUCCACUAGGUCUUGCACCAGCACCCACUCGCUUUCUGAUCUUGUCGAACAACUGCAUUAGUUGUCUUGUCGUUCUUGUAUAUAUAGCUAUCAUCAUUUUCGUUAAGACAAAAGAGGGAAGAGACUCUGGAUCCACCGAUCCAGACUUCACUGACCAUGCAAAUGGUUGGACUCGGUUGGUGUGUCGAAAUAAUCACAUUGUAAUCCAACGCCUCAGAGUAGUUCUACUCAUCUACAUCUGCACUUGGUUUGCUAGUACUGCUGCAAUGAAUUUCUCGCGUUUGUUUGAAUUAUCACAGGAGACUAUGAUUCUAUGUGCAAGCAAUCUCGUACUGUUCUCUUUGAUAUGCUACUCACAAACAUUCUAUGUAUGUAUCUGGCGUUCUACUGAAUAUCGCAUUGCGUUCAAGGAACAACUAUGGAUUAUGCUCAGACGGAAACCGAAUCUUAUAAUCCAAGAACAUCAGACUUUGAAUCUUUUCACGCGUUCCGUUGCCAGCCAAGACCGUGUUCUUUAG